CGAUCCCCGCCAGAUCAGUUGAACGGUUUCAUCUGUCGACCGUUGUCUAAUUUGAAUUUCAAUUUAGCCUUUGUGCAGGUGUUGUGCAGUCCUGGUUCGUUCACGUGGUUUUCUUGACUAUUUUCUAUCAUCGACAUUGAAAUAUCGAACAAAUUUUGACAAAAAUCACGACUAAACUCAUUUUAAACGUGCGCGUCCCACCGAAAACAGAAAAAAAUGGAAAACGCUACAGCUCGUCUCGGUUCAUACAAAAACCAUGCAAAGAACACAGAGACCAUGCGUGUGAAACGACAUGAAAUCACCGUGGAGCUUCGCAAAUCAAAGAAAGAGGAUCAAAUGCUCAAGCGCAGAAACAUCAACGAAGAUGAACUGACGUCGCCACUAAAAGAUGCAAAUGGCCAGUCGCCGGUUGCUAUGAAAGUAGAGGACAUGAUCCUAGCAAUGAAGUCUAGUGAUCCCGCCCGCCAGUUCAUGGGCGUCCAAGCGGCCAGGAAAAUGUUGAGCCGCGAGCAGAAUCCUCCAAUUGAUCUGAUGAUCUCGCACGGCAUCGUCCCCCUGUGUGUUUCCUUCCUGAAGCGAUUCGAAAACCCGCCACUACAGUUCGAAGCCGCCUGGGCCCUGACCAACGUAGCCUCCGGCAACUCAGAACAGACUCGAACUGUGAUAGACGCAGAUGCGGUACGGUAUUUCGUUGCACUCUUGGAAUCACCUACCAUGACCGUAGCCGAACAAUCGGUCUGGGCGCUGGGAAAUAUUGCAGGCGAUGGGCCGGUUGCUCGCGAUAUUGUACUCAACAACAAUGCAAUUGAGCCCCUGCUCCGGCUUGUGAGCGAGACGACCCCGUUGUCUUUCCUGCGGAAUAUUGUGUGGCUCAUGUCGAACUUGUGCAGGAAUAAGAACCCGUCGCCGCCGUUCGAAAAGAUUCAACCGAUUCUGCCGCUGCUAGCAAGGUUGCUGCAUGUUAAUGAUACUCAGGUGUUGGCCGAUGCAUGCUGGGCUAUUUCCUAUGUGACUGACGACGAGAAUAAAAGAAUUCAGGCGAUCAUUGACACGGGACUUGUGAGUCGAUUGGUCUCGCUGCUGGAUAUUGACGAACCGUCCAUUAUUGUGCCUGCGCUGAGGAGUGUUGGGAAUAUUGUUACAGGCACAGAUGUGCAGACCGAUACUGUUAUUAACGCUGGCGGAUUACCACGAUUAGCCAAACUUCUGGAACAUAACAAGAACAACAUUGUAAAAGAGGCCGCAUGGACUUUAAGUAAUAUCACGGCGGGAAAUCAACGUCAAAUUCAGGAUGUGAUUGACGCAGACGUUUUCCCUAGACUCCGCAAAGUCUUAGUCACCGGCGACUUCAAAUGCCAGAAAGAAGCUGCAUGGGUCGUAACAAAUGCCACGACGAGCGGCACGCCCGAACAAGUGGUUUCCCUCAUUGAAAAAUUCGAUCUUCUAAAACCAUUCUGUGAUCUGUUGAAUUCAAACGACGCCCGGACCGUUAAAGUUGUUCUGACCGGUAUAUCAAAUGUUUUCAAUCUUGCCGAAAAAUUGGGUGGUACAUCGUCUCUAUGUUUGCUUAUGGAAGAAAUUGGAGCGCUAGAUAAACUCGAAGCGCUACAAAAUCACCAAAACGAAGAAAUUUACAAUCAAGCCUUCACCUUGGUGGACACGUACUUUGUGGCGCAAGAAGAUGAAAAUCUGGCCCCGAAACAAGCGGGCGGUGAGUACGAGUUCACCGGAGAGGUGAAGCAGGUGUUUGAAUUUUAGAAACUUUUAUUUUUUUUAGACUGUUAUUUAUGUUUAGAUUUAGGAUGAUCAUGAUGUUGUAUAUUCGCUCUCUCAUUCCUGCCAUAUAUUGACAGAGAGCCUCAUUUACAUAUGUAAUGACAAUUUGUUUCUAGGGUCGGUGCUUGGAUACAUGUGCCAAGUGCGGAUGUCCCUUUUUGCUAGAGACGGAUUGUGCUUAUCUCAAACAAUUAAGACUUAUUUUAUAAGAUGUCACAAUUUUCAUAGACCUGAAUGUAAAAAAAUAAAAUAAUUUGGACCCCAAA